AUGCCGUGUCAUCAGGGUCGGGAAGAAAGUGCAACUUACAGAAUAUUCAGCGACUUACAUGUCCACUGCCGAUCAGAACAUAAUUGCGCAUGGACGUAUGCCACGUGCCCAAACGAUCGCCUUUAUCGCAAGAGAGCUCAUAUAGCACAGCCGGACGACACUGCUUCCAUCGAGAUGAUGCUGGCCAAUGGACUCAUCAAGUGUUGGCACACCUCUUGCAUGUACUUCAUGUCGACGGAGGAUACACGCUAUUCACACUUGUCAAACGUGGAUCAUCAAUGCACCGACCAUGAAACCUGCUAUGGCUGUCUCAUUCGAGCAAACAGGAGGAUGGGACCAGGUCAUUCAACAUCUAGGGACGACACCGAUUGCGAGAUGGAGGAACCUGACAACGACGGAGAGAAUAAUGAUAAUGAUGAGGAUGACGAAGAUGACAAUGAUGGUUCAAACAAUAUGAGAGUUAAACCAAGGCUUCAAUGUCUACAUGACAAUUGCACGGUGAGGCAUUACCGAGUUCUCCAUUUGCGUACUCACUGCACGACGAGCCAUGGAUGCACACAUACGUAUGCCAGUUGUCCGAAUGAACGGAAGCGCAGGAACUCGUUUUUUGAGACACCGCCAGAGGACGUGGACUCGAUCGCAAUGAUGAAGGCCGAUGGAAUGGCCAAGUGUUGGCACACCUCUUGCAACAAAUGGUUCAGAUCGAUGGUAACGGUCAAGGAGCACAUGAGAAUGAAGGAGCACCAAUGCAAGGACAGCGAGACUUGUGCUGGAUGCAAUCAAACGACAGACGAUAUCACGCUGCCCGAGAUUAGGUUCAACAAGGUAGCUCUCAAGUGUCUCCACAAAGACUGCACCAGGACAAAGAUGAGCGGCAGCCUUAAGCACCUUCAGCUGCAUUGCAAGGGAGUGCAUCGAUGCACGUUAACGUUUGCCAGCUGUCCAAACUCAAACACAUACCGACGAAACAAGUUCAGGGCCGAUCCAAACGAUGCUGCAUCAAUCAAGAUGAUAUUGGCUAAAGGAUUGACCAAGUGUCCACACAAGUCUUGUGGUAACUUCUUCCACACAUUGUCGAGCAAGGUGAGGCACGCAGCAAAGAAGCAUCAGUGUGCACAAGAUUGCAAGGCCUGCCUUCAAUCUAUGGCCAUCAACAGUAAUGAUGACGAUGGACUUAUUACAACUGAUAGACCGCUGGGAUUCACUGUUGAGCAGUCUGGCAAUGAGGCAUUGUUUGACAUGAUCAAGUGUCCACAUGUCAGUUGUGAGCAUCAUGGGUCCAUGGACGACAUCAACAUUCAUCUUGGACAAGACCACAACUGUCAAUCAUCAUCACAGUUGCAACAACAAUGUAUUGGUUGCCAGUUGUCUCGUCACAAUGACAAUGAUGAACAUCAUCAACGUGAUUGGUUGCUCGUG